AUGUUCGGUCGUGUCGGCGGUCAGACUUUCCGGUGUGUCGUGCGCAGGCCGAUCGCGCGGAGGAGACUCUGUGAGCGCAAAUUCUCGGCCUAUACAACCAGCACCAGCCCCAGCGCGAAUGCGUCCUCUACAGCUUCACCCUUGGGAAGUAUAACUUCGGAGCUUGAUCGGAUUGCUCCCUGCUUUGAGGUUUCAGCUUCGCGGAUCACAAUCUUGGACUCUCCUGCUAGUUUCUAUAGCACCCUCAAGAGCAAGAUACGAAAAGCCCGGAAGCGCGUCUACCUCUCUACGUUGUAUAUAGGAAAAUCAGAGCACGAGCUCAUUGAGACCGUGAACCAGGCUCUACAUGACAAUCCUGAUCUCAAAGUAUCCAUUCUGACGGAUGCCUUACGGGGAACUCGCGAGACGCCGAAUCCCUCAUGCGCUUCACUUCUGGCCUCGCUCGUCGCGGAACAUGGCUCGGAUCGGGUGGAAAUCCGCAUGUUCCAUACCCCAAAUCUCACGGGACUGAGAAAGAAAUGGAUCCCCAAAAGGAUCAACGAGGGUUGGGGUCUUCAGCAUAUGAAGCUCUAUGGCAUUGACGACGAGAUUAUACUCUCCGGAGCGAACCUUUCGAACGAUUAUUUCACGAACCGCGUGGAUCGAUAUCAUAUUUUUAACUCUAAAGAACUGGCCGACUAUUACAGCCGUAUCCACCACGCAGUAUGCAGUCUGAGCUAUUUAGUUCUACCAGAUCCGCAUAACACUGCUGGGUAUCUUUUGGACUGGCCAACGUCUAACGGCACGGUAUCCCCGUUGGAAGACCCCGAGAGCUUCAUCUCCUACGCCUCUACGGUCUUGAGCCCUCUCAUUCAACCAACUAAAACAAAACCCGCACUUGAACAGAAAUCCUCAGACGGAACAUAUGUCUAUCCCGUCGCACAAUUCACCCCACUACUAAAGCCCGAUACCUCUACAGAGUUCCCUGCAGUUACCACAAUCCUCCGUAUGCUAUCAACCUCCUCCGCAUUCUCUGGUGCCCGCUGGCUGUUCACCGCCGGCUACUUCAACAUCCACCCUGUCCUCUCUUCUUUGUUGAUCGCAAGCACCUCAACUUCACAUACUGAAUCCACGACACGUGGUACCGUGCUCACAGCUUCCCCCUGGGCCAAUGGUUUCUACGGUUCCCCCGGUAUUUCCGGUAUGCUGCCCGCCGCCUAUACCCAUCUCUCUGCACGGUUCCUUGACCGGGUAGCUGAGGCACAGAGGACCAAUUCCAUCCAGCUGAAAGAAUGGCGACGCGGAACGGUCGGGGAACCAGGUGGCUGGACUUACCAUGCUAAGGGUCUAUGGAUCACGCUCCCCAAGGAAGAACACCCCAGCCUGACUUUCGUUGGGAGCAGCAACUACACCAAGCGUAGCUAUAGCCUUGAUCUAGAGGCCGGUGCGCUAGUCGUUACCGGCGAUCGGGACUUGAAGCGAAGACUUGGUGCAGAGAGCGAUCGGUUACAGAAGGAGUCUCAGGCUAUCUCAAGAGACGACUUGAGAAGAACCGAACGCCGUGUUAGUUGGAACGUGCGCUUGGCGAUGUGGAUUGUCGAGAAAGUCGGCGGCGCCUUAUAA